UACGAAGUUAAAGCCCGAGCCAGCAGGCGAACGCGAGAGGCGACCAGCUGGUGUAGUCCCAUCACCUGCCGCCAGGAGGCUGCAACCCAAGAUGGCGUUGUCAGUGAUCAGAAGGGGAGUGUCCUCUGUGAGCGGGUUGACUGGGCGUGCUUUAGCUGCCCCAUUGCCUGUGCUCCGUCCACAGGUAGCAACUAUAGUAAGCAAGACUAUGCGUGACAAGGACUACAAGCGCCCUGUGCCCUUUCCAUAUAAAAAAGAUACAUAUGGGUUUUUUGCAGCAGUGUUUGAUAAAACAACCUUCCGCUUCGAUGAAAACUCAAAGAUCAUUAUUGUAGAUGGCCCAAUUGCUGCAGGAAAGACUGAAUUUGCUAAGGAAAUAGCAGAGGAAUUGGACAUGUUCUAUGUGCCUGAAGCCAACAUGGACAUGGUAUACAUCAACCCCUAUGGUUACGACAUGAGACAGCUGGAUGACCGCCUUCCAGAUACGGUUAAAAGCUUUGACGAGAAGAAUUUUCACCAAAAUCCCAAACACCGCAGCGUUGCUAUUUUCCAGUUUGAAAUGUUCCGCCUUCGCCUAAGCCAGUACAUUGAUGCCAUUGCUCAUGUACUGAGCACUGGUCAGGGUGUGGUGAUGGACAGGAGUGUGUACAGCGAUUUUGUCUUCGUGGAGGCCAUGGCAAAGUUUGGCUAUCUAAGCCCGGCUGCUCAGAAGCUGUAUUAUGAAUGCAAGAAGAUGACUGUACCAGAGCUGAUGCGACCCCAUCUUGUGAUAUACUUGGAUGUGCCAGUUGAUGUUAUUCAGCAGAGGAUUAAGGAAAGAAACCUUCCUCAUGAAAUUAACUCAAAAGUGUAUACACCAGAAUUCCUCUCCUACAUGGAGAAUGUGUACAAGAUGAAGUAUUUGAGAGAAAUGAGUGUUCAUUCAGAACUGUUGCUGUAUGACUGGUCAGCAAAGGGGGAGCCUGAGGUGGUUGUAGAAGACAUUGAGCGUAUUAACUUUGAUUUCGACAAGAAUGAUCCAAAGAUGGCCGACUGGAGGUGUGGCGAUGAGUGGGAUUGGUGCCAAAAACGUAUGAUGUAUACAAAGAGGAAGAGGUGGAUUAUGCAUUGGAUGAAUGUGCCGCCCCUUGAUGUUCCUGAAGUAAUGGUGGCCGCGGAGGACGUCAAGACGUUUAAAGAUGUGUGGCACUCUGCUCCUGGGAUGAAGUAUGCUGAGGGCUACAAUGCAGAUAUGGGAGAUCAGUUCAUUCUUACCAAGUUCUAAAUCUAAAUGACGGCCAUCAAAUUAAUUUCAUAUGAUGCAUUACUUCAAAUACUUAGUGGAAAGCAUUAAUUUAUAAAAUUAUGACAGUAUUGUUAGCAAUGAUGGCUUUUGUAAUUGAACAGCAAGAUUUAAUGUUACAACAUUUUCGAUGAUUUGUUGUAAGCAUGAAUGUCUCUCAUGAUGUAAUAUAUUGUACAGAUGGAAAAUAUAAUGUUUAAUUAUU